CCCCACCGUCUUCUUACUUGAUUUCGGACUGCCUCUUGGGGUUCGAGAGACAAAUGGGAGACAGAUAACUAGGGUUUCGGACUCCUCCUCUGUUGUUUUCCCGAGCUUUUCACUCUACGCCCAAAAGUUUGGGUUUUUAUUUUCCCGGUGAAAAGUUUCGGGUGGUCCGGUGAUAUAAAGGACGGUAUCGCCGUUUCAUUCUGCUGAAUCUCGGGAAAUCCCCAAGGUUUUGGCCCGAAAGUCUUCAUUCUAGUAUUCUUUGGUUUCUCUGUUUCAAAAAUCGGAUUUUUUUUUCCUCAGAUUUUAGAUUAUGAGGACUGAGCAAGGAUUUGCCAUUCUGAUAUCUGGACCAUUGAUGUAAUGGAUUUUGCCGUCACGAGUUUCUUUGAUUAUCUGUGUGUGUUCUUGAGGAAUUUGAAGUGUCUGAUGAAUCAUUCGAGUGCCUGAUUCUGAUUUAUUUGAGUUAUUUGAGUUCAUUGAAGUGACAUUUAGUGUUUGAAUUAGGUAAUUUGAAUUGGGCUAGGUGAUUUUUGGAGUUGGAUUAAGUGCAAGUAGGAUUUCUUUUUCUGUUUGUUUUCCAUCCUCUUGGGUUUCUGUUUAUAGUGGAUAUCCCCUGACAUGUUUGAGAAGAAGGGUCGUUGUGCAAGGGCCAAAACUAAUCUAUGUGAUGGAUUCUUCAUAGAUUGUUUGUAGUUAUUUGGUGAUGAUUUGGCUUUUUCUGAGCUUUCGCUUUUUCAUCUUAUGAUUGAUAUUAGUGAUUUGUUGGGUUGAAAUUAUAUCUUCCUUACUUGAUCUAAUUAUAAUUAAUGUAUUGAUUGUUUCCUAAUAUAGUGGUUACGGCAACAGGCAGAAACCACUUGCAACUUCAUCCCCUUUUCAGCUUCCAAUUCUUUUUGCUCCAGAUAGUUUGUGGGUUCCCUGUCAUUCUCCGGAAAACUUUGCAAUCUUUGCUUUCUAGUCAUUCCGUGUCCGAAAAAAUGGCCGUCUCUUUUCCUCGUAUCUCUUGGUGGAUGUGGGGUGGAAAAGAUAAAGAGCCUGUCUCUAAUGGGUCUUCACUAAACUCUACACCUGAUUGGGGUUUAGGUCUGAGGGAGCAUGAUACUGUGAAAUUUCCAUCGGUUAAGAGGGCGGAUGUAACAUCAUCUUCAAGAAAAGUUAAGCGAAAAUGGCAGAGUAGGGAAGAAAGAAGAAUUGACAGAGAAUAUGAUGUUGUGUUGGUACCAUCCGACGGUGUUUGCUUGUCGGGUUCUGAAUCUGAUGAUUCGGACUGGUCUAUUGGGUGGUUAGAACCGCAUGCACCUGAUUUCCUGAGUGAUGAUGAGACCGAUAGAACUUUUGCGGUGCUGGUACCUUGCUAUAGACAUGGUUGCAAGGAGCUGGUGGAGGAUCCAAAUGACCAUCUUUUGAGCGCCAUCAAGAAUCUCCGGAAUGAGUACUCUGCUGAGGGCAAGAAGUAUAUGGAGCAGUGGCUCUCUUCUCUUCAAAAUUGAUGAAGCUCCUGGUCAUUCCUUGAAUGACCCUUGCUGGAAAUAGUUCCUGAUUUUGCAGUCCACUUGAAGAACCAGAUCGGUUAUAUUAAAAAUGAAAAAAGAACAAAAGAACUAAAAGGAAAAAAAUAGAAGAGGGAGAGGGUGAGAGAGUUGGAAGAGAGAAGACUUUGUUAGACUUUUGCAUCGGCAUCUUGAGUAGAAAUGCUGAGGAUGGACAAUCAUCCAAGUUCAGAAAAGAGUUAUUUUCCAGUGCAGGCCAUAUCCUGCACCACCCGUCCAUGCUUUAGCGCAUCGAGUAUCCUGAAAUACAAUGCAGAUUCUUUACUGUAAAUAAAACUCUGUGAAUACACUUAGUAUGUCUAUGCUGUUGACUUAGCCUCUCCUGUAAAUAAAUUUCUGUCAACUAGUCAAUGAAGGACCAAAUUCCUCCUUAAAAAUGUCCUUUUUUAUCUCAACUAUGUAUUAUGUAUCUAUACUGGCAUAUGUUCCAAAGGCAUGGUCUGGUUGACAUUUUGAAAAUAUAAUUGCUUUAGUUUUGUUCUCAAGCUAAGCACAUUCCUCAUG